UAGUUUAUACAGGCGGGCGGGCAGCUGCGACACAGAGACUCGCUCCGGGGCAACAAAAAAAAAACUUUUGGAAGUGCCCGACUGACAAGUUAUCACUGUUUUUUGUAAGGGGGGGAUGAAUCUCUUUUCACUUGAAGUUGUUUGCACUAUAACCGGUUUUGAGGAGGUGGUGAGGCGCGGCGGCAGAUGGGAACAUACAGCAGCAGCAGCGCCAAACUCACAAUGCGCCCCGAGUGAACAGAGGCAGGGAGACAAUACAGACCCGUGGGCACACUGAGGAGCUGCGAUCUCUCAUCUGGCUUCUCUUUUUUCCCCUUUUCAAAAUCUCUUCCAGCGUGGCAUUCCCACCCCCUCCUCUACGGCUGAUUUAUUGAUUGAUUGAGACAAAAUUGACUUCGCAACGAGGGAAAGAGGUUUGAUCUCCAAAACUCAGCCAUGACGUCUCCGGCGAAAUUCCGAAAGGACAAGGAGAUAGUGGCCGAAUAUGAGACUCAAGUUAAAGAGAUCCGCGCCCAACUGGUGGAGCAGCUCAAGUGUCUGGACCAGCAGUGUGAACUGAGGGUGCAGCUGCUUCAGGACCUGCAGGACUUCUUCAGAAAGAAGGCAGAGAUUGAGAUGGACUACAGCCGCAACCUGGAAAAGCUGGCAGAGAGGUUCCUUACCAAGACACGCAGCACCAAGGACCAUCUACUCAAGAAGGAGCAGAGCAUUUUAUCUCCAGUGAACUGCUGGAACCUGUUGCUGCUUCAGGUGAAGAGGGAGAGCCGCGAUCACGCCACUCUGUCCGACCUCUACCUCAAUAACAUCAUUCCCCGCUUCGCACAGAUCAGCGAGGACUCAGGACGCCUCUUCAAGAAGAGCAAAGAGGUUGGUGUACAGCUGCAAGAGGACCUGAUGAAAGUUCUUAAUGAGCUUUAUACGGUGAUGAAGACGUACCACAUGUACAACACGGACAGCAUCAAUGCUGAGUCCAAGCUGAAGGAUGCAGAGAAGCAGGAGGAGAAGCAGAUGGGACGCUCCAGCCGACAAGAUGACCGGCAGACGCCACGCUCCCCCGACACCCUGGCCAGCAUCAAGAGCGACGAGAAACCCGUCCGACGCUCCAGUGUAAAAAAAAUCGAGAAGAUGAAGGAGAAGAGACAAGCCAAGUACACAGAGAACAAGCUGAAGGCCAUCAAGGCAAGAAAUGAGUACCUGCUUGCUCUUGAGGCCACCAACAGCUGUGUCUUCAAAUAUUACAUCCACGACCUCGCUGACAUCAUUGAUUGCUGUGACCUGGGCUACCAUGCCAGCCUACAUCGGGCUUUGCGAACCUACUUAUCUGCAGAACAGAAUGUAGAGACAUCCAAACACACUGGUCUGGAGGCACUGGAAGGAGCAGCUGAGAGUCUGGAGCCCAACGGGGACAAACAGAAACUAAUGGAGACCUACAACAAUGUCUUCUGCCCCCCAGCUCGCUUUGACUUCCAGUCCCACAUGGGAGACACGAUGGGAGUAGUGUGUGCACAAAAGCCACUGGAAAGUGAGCUACUCCAGAGGUGUCAGCAGCUGCUGUCCCGCCUCUCCACACUCAAGAUUGAGAAUGAAGAGGUGAAGAAAACCAUGGAGGCCACUCUGUCCACCAUCCAAGACAUGGUGACAGUGGAGGACUACGACGUCUCAGAGUGCUUCCACCACAGCAACAGCAUGGAGUCGGUCAAGUCCACUUUCAGCGAAUCUUAUCUCAGCAAGCCCAGCCUUGCCAAGCGACGGGCCAAUCAGCAGGAGACGGAGCAGUUUUACUUCACAAAGCUGAAGGAGUUUCUGGAAGGCAGGAACCUGAUCACCAAGCUGCAGGCCAAGCAUGACCUCAUCCAGAAGACCCUGGGAGAGAGUCAGAAGACUGACUGUUGCCUUGCCAGUGGCCGGAGAAACUCGACAGUACGGAAGCAGGAAUCGGAUGAGACCAUUCCUCUGAUGGUCGAGAGCUGCAUCCGCUUCAUCAGUCGCCAUGGACUGCAGCAUGAGGGCAUUUUCAGAGUAUCAGGCUCUCAGGUGGAAGUCAAUGACAUCAAGAAUGCUUUUGAGAGAGGUGAGGACCCGCUGGCUGGGGACCAGAAUGACCACGACAUGGACUCAAUUGCUGGUGUCCUCAAGCUCUACUUUAGAGGACUGGACCACGCCCUUUUCCCUAAGGAAGUCUUCCAUGACCUCAUAUCCUGUGUCUCGAUGGAGAGCCUCCAGGAGCGGGCAGUCCACAUUAAGAAAGUUCUCAAGUCUCAGCCAAGCAAAACCCUCAUCAUUAUGAGAUACCUGUUUGCCUUCCUCAAUCACCUGUCUCAGUACAGCGAAGACAACAUGAUGGACCCCUACAACCUAGCCAUCUGUUUUGGUCCCACCCUGAUGUCUGUCCCCGAGGGGCAUGACCAGGUUUCUUGCCAGGCCCACGUCAAUGAGCUCAUUAAAACUAUCAUCAUCCACCAUGACAACAUCUUUCCUGGGCUGCAGGACUUGCAGGGCCCUGUCUACAGCAUCCCAGGAGCUGGUGAUGACUUCUGUGACAGUCCACACUGUGAGCCCCCCCUAGUGGAAGAGCCGGCGCCUGACACCGUGUCUGUCAGCCACAACAGUGAAGAUGGCUCCUUGGCUGUUUCAGAGUCUGAUCCGAUUGAAGCUGUCGCUCGGUUCGACUACUCGGGCCGCACCAGUCGGGAGUUAUCAUUCAAGAAGGGUGCUUCCUUGCUUCUGUAUCAGCGAGCUUCUGAUGACUGGUGGGAGGGACGACACAACGGAGUGGAUGGACUGGUGCCACAUCAGUAUAUUGUAGUCCAAGACAUGGCUGAUGGGGGUCGGGGAAGUCCAAAGCCUGAUGUGGACUCCAGGGACCUGCUGGAGGAGAGGGUGUCCACCAGAGGCAGUGCUGCAUCUCCUACUGGAGCUCAUGUGGCUGACAUCUAUUUGGCUAACCUGAACAAGAUGAGGAAACGUCCAGAGUCUGGGAGUAUCCGAAGAACGUUCCGGGGUUCAGAGAGCGAAAGUACAAGUCCAGGAGCUAGCGGAGGAGGUGGAGGAGGAGGAGGAGGAGGAGGGGUGAGAACAGCGUCUCUCCCUGUCACUGGGGCUCUGGUGAAAGAGACCGGAGACAAACGACCCGUCAGCGCUCACAGCAUCCUCAACUCAGUUACUCGCCACUCCUCCCUCAAGACCAAGGUGGAGAGCCCACAGUUACGCAAGACAACAACAGCAGGACGCUCCAAGAGCUUCAGCAACCACAGACCACUAGACCCUGAGGUCAUCGCCCAAGUGGAGCAUAGCUCACAGGACAUCGAGGCAGCAAUGAGCUCUGCCCUGAGUGAGCUCAGGGAGCUGGAGAGACAGAGUACCUCAAAACAUACACACACCCCUGACGUGGUCCUGGACACACUGGAGCAGCUGAAAGGUGUGAGUGGUGGUGGUGGAGGAGGAGGAGCCUCUGAGCCCUCCAGUCCACUCCACUCACGUCUGUUGCGAGACAGUGACGGGAGCUCCUCACAUGCUCACCCACUUCAGCGGAGCGCCUCCUCAGCUAGCGAUGUACCCUCCUCCUUCCGCCCCGCCAAGAGCCAGCCAUGGAGCCCACUUCCCUCUGCCACAUCUCCUUCUCUGUCCUCCUCCUCCCUCUCCUCAUCUGUCCCUUCUUUUAGAGAGCUGCGCCCACCAGCUACAAGGCCCAAGCCAGUGGUGUUCCCGAAGGGCGGAGGGAGUGGCAGUCCAGCCAUGGGCUCUCCAACCUCUACUGUGCCCCCCACACCUCCUCCUCCACUUGCAGGCCACACACACUCUCUCCCUCACACCCCUCCUCCUCCACCUCCACCCCAGUCUAACGACAAAUCCUGCCCAGCUUAGGACCUCCUCGUCACCACCCCAGCUCAAAUCUGAACCACCAUACUGAUUCUCACAAACUAAGAUUCUUACAGCUCUUCUACCAGGUGCUGGAAGCACUUUGUUUCACAAAAGACCCCUAACCCACUACUCAUGUGUAGCAUUCACUUAUGGUGUCCAGGCGAGUUUUCAGACGCCACGUUCCCUUUAGAGUAUCAAGAGUUUUUUCUGCCCUUCAAAGACACUUGAUUUUCUUUGCCACCACAGAGAUUCCAGGGAUCACUGGAUUUUAAAAUCUUUACCAAGGGAACAGGACUCAGGAUGGACACCUACAGACCUAUCGCACUUGGAGCUUACAUACACUAGUUUGUGAUGUUUGAAAUUGUGUUUGAGUGGGCGUGCAAGAGUGUUACUUGCCUUUACACACAGAUCUAAGUGAGGAACAAAAAGCACUGUUUGAUUUUGUAUAGUAGACGUGACAUUUUUUUUUCUUCCUUUUUUAAUAACCCCAUGAGUACUGGGGCUGGAAGGGAGUGUUUGAUUCCAGACUGUGAAACGUUAAGCUCUCACUCCGUGUAGAAAUGAAACACUGACUUGCUGCUUCAGAAGAGUGAAGAUAAAGUUGGACAUUAGAGAUGAUGAAAGGAAGAAAGACAACUGGGCCAAAUAUCAGUGUAAGUCAUGUGAUAAAGAGCUUUAUUUUAUCUCUUCCUCCAGUGUUCUCUAGAUAUAUUGGUGAUAUUUUUUUUUAAUUAUUAUUACUGUUCAGAACUAGUACCACAAGAAGAGCAUGACAGGAGCAGUGCUCUCCAAAAUCUUAACAUCCAACAGAAAUUCUAAAUGCAUAUAUAGCAAUAAUAAUAAUGAAAGCUGGUUGUUUGAGGCAUUAUGCUGUUUCUCUCCUGCAGCUCUACUAUGUGUGUAGGGGACCACUGAAACCCAGCAUUUUUAUAUGUAAUGUUGGACUGUACACACACACACACACGCACACUUUCUCCAAAUCUGUGUGUGUUUCGAGUUUUGUGGCAGCUAAACACGCCUUUCAGGUUUUCCUUGCAUGCUGAGGCCAAUAAACAACAGCCACAAUGGUAAGCUGGCUGAUUGCGUCAGUUUAUGUAUCUGCAAUACCAGCUAUAGGUCAGCUUCAAAAAAAAAAAAAAAGUUACAGCUUGCUCCUUUAACUAUAUACUUAAGACUUUACAGUAAAAGGGGUUUAAUUCUAAUGGUGUGUAUGUAUGUUUAAUAAUCAUGAUGAUAACUGGAAGCAUGGAGCUGAGGAUCCUCCUGAGUGUGUUUUUAGAUAGAAGCACAACCAACCACCUCAUCCGAUGCAUUCUUAAGCAAAGUGUGCUUUUAUUAUGGACUUUUUUUUCUUCCCCGUUGUUUAUUAAUGGUCAGAAUCUGUUACGGUGAAACGUGGAAUUGUGUAGCCGUCUGGGUGUGUGCAUGUGUGCGUGCGUGCCUGUGUGAGCAUGCGUGGAUGUAGACUGUGUAUGCACCUCACCCCACCACUGCCCAUCCAUUAUAAGGGGGAUGCCACAAAACAACAAGGAGACACAUGGGAAUACACUACUCCUUGUGUAUAUGAGACCGUAUAUAUAAAGCCCAAAUACAAGUACUUCUGAUAGAAUUUGGUAACCUUUGAAAAAUCAGACCUGAUGAUGAAUUAGGGAAUAUCUGGAUCAUUUUGAAACCACUGAAUUCAAAAGUGGACACAUGUCAUUCAGGGUAAACUGAGUCUUUAGUAUUAUAUUUCACCUUCUAGAAAAAGUAUUGAACUGCUUUUACCCAGGCGUCCUCAUACUCUUAUCACACCUCUCCCCUCCUCCUUGAUUCCUCUCCCAGAAUUACAACACAUAUUGCAUUCCUGUAUGCUCUCUACCAGGUAAUGAAUUAUAACUGUAAAUGUUUUGUUUUUUUAAUCUCUGUAUACUGUUUGUCUAUCACCUGGUGUAUUUGUGUUGCUCUUACCUCAUCACGACAACUGGAGGGACUGUGACUGUGUAUGUGUGUGUAUGUGUUGGUGGAGUUGAGAGAUUAACUCACCUUAUCAACACACGCUCACUCACACACAUGCAUGUGGGUGGUUGGUGUGUUUUGUCCUGGCUCCCCCUGUCUCGUCAAGGGGGAACUGGGACCCUCUUCAAUCUCAAAUCAAUCAUCAUGCACUUGAACAACUUGGCUUGCGUGUGGACUAACUGUGUGGGGAUGAUUUGUCAGAAUUUAAUAAUGUUAAAUAUGCAUUUUUGUGUCCAUUUGAAAACAGCAGAACUAAAAAAAAGACUGUAAUGUCAAAUCUAUUUAUAGUUGUCUCUGUAUUACUGGAGAAUCCUGUGUUCAGAUGUACUUUGUAUAUACAAUGUUGUAC